AUUUUGAAAAAGGGUACGCGUUGUACUGAUUUACGUUCCAAUGGACCGUGCAAUCUGCCUGCGGAGAUGGCAGCCAGGUAGCUUAUUGCCAACCAAUUAUUAUUUUGCUAUGGAAAAUGUAUUUACUUCUCAAAUGUGGUAUGUGGCCAUAUGUUUUCAAGUCGUGUAGGACUAAUCAAUGAAAGGGAUACCACGGCGCCUCCCACUCAGUGCAUAACAACGCCUAUUUCUUGCAUCUCAAAGACAGCGUUUAACGUUACUAACGUUAGUUUACUUGCCUAUGAUAUUCUGUUUGUGCUUCGGAUUGCCAAAUGUGUUAACUACAUUGCUGGGAGGAACCCAGAGUCAACAUAUCCACCCUUUAAAGGACAUGGAGAAAGGGUAACAUCAUGCUCAGUACCGAGAUGAGAGGGCGAAGGAGCAUAUGAAGAUGUCCCUAAAGACUGCUAAAAGAUGGUGCUUUAGACUGUUCGCUGUUGUACUGUUCUUAGUCUCCUACUACUGCUCCCACGUCUUCCUUCAGAGUUAUGGAGGCACCAGCAAGUCUCCUUUGACUCCUAGCAAGUCACUGUGUGGCGGCUGGCUAAAGCAGAAGAAGUGGGAGAGCCUCAAUUUUAACAUUAGCAGACAAACAGAGCUCUUCUUCAAACUGGAUGAUUUCUUCUGGCGACAACAUCAGUCCACAUUAGCGUUGCCCUACGGUAUUAAAGGAAGUGAGUUACUGCUGCUGAGAGUGUUAGCCAUUAUUGCCAAUUACAAAAUGCCGGCCAGCAUUGAUCGUCUAGACUGCAGAACAUGUGCAGUCAUAGGAAAUGGGUUUGCCAUUAAAAACAGCUCCUUGGGGGGCGUCAUCAACGAGUAUGAUGUGGUGAUCCGGCUGAAUGAUGCCCCUGUCAGAGGUUAUGAGGAUGACGUGGGGAACAAGACCACUAUGCGUCUCUUCUACCCUGAGUCGGCCUCCUACAACCCCAGCAUGCACAACGACCCCGACACCCUUAUGGUCCUAGUGCCUUUCAAACAGCAGGACCUCCGCUGGCUCAAAGAGAUCCUGUACGACGAGAAGAGGGUGAGGAAAGGUUUCUGGAAGCCCCCUCCACAGAUCUGGCUGGGCAGGACCAGUCGCAUCCGGGUGCUGGACCCUCACUUCCUGCAUGGGACGGCCAGCAGUCUGCUACAAAUCCCACUUCAACCAAAGAGCAAACAGCGAGCCCCUGUGUCAGAGACUGAGGCUGUGCACUCUUUGGACUGCUGAAAUGCAAACACAACUGGCUGGUGUCUGUGCCGAGGGAACAGUGGGAAAGAAGGGGUCCUGCAGGCGAUCAGCGGGGCAGCCCGAGCAUAGCACUCCUCCAUCUGCGUGGCCCUACAGGCAAGAUGAGCUCAACCUUGGCUGGCUGUCUCCUGGCUGGCUGGGUGUCUGGCUGGAGGGCGUAGGCUGUUUACUCUGAGCGAGAACAGGAACAGGAACCAUGCCGAGCACUCGAUCCUGGCCCCUUUGCCCUCAUUCCCCUCUCCCCUGUCACUUUCCAGGGUCACGGGCCCGACCGCAGCCCCACAACCCCGAUGCCAAACUCUCACCCCCUCCCUGUGGCUGCCAUGUUGGCAGUCAUCCACAUGCCCUGUGAGAAGGCAGCAGCAGCAGGCUGGUUACAAUACAGAGGCUGACUGAGCUGAGGAGAGCUAGAGGGCUAACUAAUGCCCCUGUCAGUCAGACAGCCCCCACCGCCACCCCCUUCCAAAACAAAGGUCCGACUCCCACCAAUCUGGUCUGCUUGGCGAACAGCAGUGACAAUAUUCACCUCACCAAGGCUCCAUGGGCCAAUGUCCAAACUAUGCGAGGCACUACAGAAGUUGGAGCGCUCGGUGACCGACCACAUGAGACUAAUGCACACAGAAUGUCAGAUUUAGCCGAGCCAGGCUCAGGAAGAAAAGGCACUUAUGCUAAGUGCAUUAGGAACCAGGUUUGGAGGAAUGUCCCAUACAGUGUGAUGAAGAGAGGAGAAGCACAGGUUUGAGAACUUGGUUUCUCCAGUUUCUCUCUCCUUAGGGCACGAGUAAUGGCUGUCCAGGUCAGACAGCAUGCUUGUAAAGCCCUGCAGGACUCACUGACUGACUCACUGACUCACUCACUCACUCACUCACUCACUCACUCACUCACUCACUCACUCACAGACAUUUACCUUGGAAAGGCUCCUGCACUCAGUAUUGGUCUGCCAUUUUGAAGGUUUUAUGUAUUGUUGUUUUAUUUUUAUUUUAUUUGGCUGAUUUAUACUGCAGACCCACAGCACCUCAGUAGGGUUCUAUUGGAAGGAAUUGAGAAAGCAGUAGGCGGGAAUAAUGUGCCUGAACAAGAAGCUUCCUUGGAAAUGGUGGGUUGUUGAGUAAACCAAGGUUAAUGAUUACAUGGAACAGAUAAGGGAGAGUCGGGUAAGUUGAGCCAAAGGGAUAAGUUUAGUCACCCCAUCAUUUCAGUCUGUGAAGGAAGAAACCACAUGGAAAAAGUGGUAAACAACUUAGGGCCAAAAAACGGACUUUCACCAAGUCAAAUUAAUUUAUUGUGUUAGAGGUUUCACGAUGCUUGUAUCUAAACCAAAGUAGAUACUUUUAAGAUUGUUCUUAAAGGCAAUAUCUCUUCAAUCAAAUCAAAUGCUAUUUGUCAAAUGCGCCGAAUA